GUCAUUUGGCGAGAGCAUCUGGUUUUGUUUUGAUUUGGCUGCCGGGGACUGAUGCGCCUCAAAACCGUGAUUAUACAACAGAAGUCACAGAAAUUAAAGUGAAGUUCCAACUUUUAAGUGGAUUAUUGUUAUAGUAUUUACCGAUAGUAACAUAAAAAAUGCUGUCACUACGAGUUCUAGUGCGAUGUGCUCAGCGUCAGUCGAAUCCUUUGUCACCGACUUCCGGAAAUGGCAUAGCGCAGAUAGUAACUGGAGGCAGUCACUUCCGCCCAUCGAUUGCGUCGUCCAGAUGCUUGUGCUCUAAAGCGACCGAUAAUUCCAGUAGUUCAGCUUCCGACAGCCAUGGAUUCAAAGUCUACAACGGUAUACUGACGCCCCAGAUCCGAAUGGUGAAAGUGUUCUCUCUGGCCACCAGUUUGGGAGGAGUUGUCGCGCAGCCAAUUCUAUUGGAACAGGCCAGUAAAAUCGGAGGAACUCCGAUGAUUGUCGCAAUCUGCGGAUUUGCCGGAUUCUUCACAUUCGUUACUCCACUCCUGUUGCAUCUUAUUACGAAGCGGUACGUUACGGAGCUUCAUUAUGACGAGGGAAAGAAAGAGUACACAGCUUCAACAAUCACGUUUUUGCUUCAGAAGCAAAUGACAAAAUUCAAACUAGAGGAUGUAGUAGUACCGGAAGUGCCUGGUAUGUUCACCACGUUUAUGGUGGGAGAUAAGUCGCUGUUUGUCGAUCCUUCGCUAUUCCCCGAUCCAACCCAUUACAUCAAAAUCAUGGGAUACGACAAGCCGAUCGAUUUCAAGUUUGAAGAAGCACGGCAAAGUACCGAGAAUCCUAGUAAAAAGUAAUGUUAUGUCCAAGGAAAAUAAACUUAUUUUGCACCUGAACCAAGGUGUAGCUUUUCAA